AUGCAAUCUACUCAAGGAACAAUUGAUUAAAUGCUAAAAAAUAAAAACAUUCCAUUGCAUGUCCAAAUUCUAAAUGUUUUAGAAUGUGAAAGAUUUGAUAAAUUUAUUUUAUAAAAAUGUGAAAUACAUGAUGGGAUUAAGUCUUUAAAUAUUUAUCUAAUAUUAAAUGAAUGUUUAAGCUAAUAGGAAGUUAAAGACUAAAAGCCUAUUAUUGAAAUUGAGGAUUAUAGAUUGUAAAAUGGUUUUGUAGUGGUUGGGAAAUAUAAGGAAGUUACAUGCUUACCCUACAAAUAAUCAGGUAUCAAAUUUGAAGAAGGGGCUCAAGAUUUGAUGGAAUUGAACAAAUUUUCAGAUUUAAUCAAAGAUAAUUGUUAUAAUAUAAAAGCUACUUUAUAAGAUUAAGCUGAGAAUCUAUCUUUUGAUGGUACAAAAUACUUAAUUUUAACAUUAAAUGAUUCUUUAAGUCCCAAAUCAAUCAAAGGCCUAAUAUUUAUUAAUGUAGUAGGAAUGGAUGCUUAUUCAGAAUUUAAAAGUUUGCUUGUAAAUUAAGUAGAAUAUAUUUUUGAGAACGUGAGAGUUGGCCUAUAUAAAAAUCAAAAUAGAAUAUAUUUUAAUAACACAACUAAAAUAAAAGUCAUACCUUCUUCAAUUUAAUGGAUUAAGUUCAAUGAUAUUAAAUUUCAAAUGAUUGGAAAAAAUUGUAAUUUAGUAGGUUAUAUUUACAAGAUUGAUCAAUUAAAAUAAAUCUCUGCUAACCUUAAAAUGAGGAAACUUACUAUUUUUGAUAUGGAUAAAAACAAAGUAAAGAUAGUUGUAUGGGGUUAAUUAGCUGAAAAGUUGGAUUUACAAGAAAAAACAACCUUAGGGUUUCUGAAUUUGGUUGUUAAAGAAUAUUAAAACAAAAUUCAGCUCCAGUUAAAUUAUAAAACAAGAAUCAUUUCUAAUAUAACUAGUUAUAUUUAAAUAUAGAAUUUUAGUGAAUAAAUUGAUUCAAUUGAUAAGAAAUCCAAUUUUUAUAAGAUGCCCGUUUCAGAUCUAAAGAGCAUUCAAAGUGAAUUUAAAUAAAAUUCUGAUCUUAAUUUUAUUAAAUACUAUAGAAUUACAAGCUCUAUUUUCAGCAUUUAAGAGGUUGAUUCAAUCGUAGCUGGAAACAAAAAUUUAUAGCUUCAACUGAUCCUAGGAGACGAACUUCAAAUUGAUUUGGUAGUAAGAGUUAGUGAGAACAAAUUCAUAAAAAGGAUUUUAAGUUUGAAUAAUGACGAUCUAAAAGUAUUGGAAGAGAACACUUAGAAAUUUGACAAAAACAAAUUAUUAAAGAAGCUUAGAAUAAAGUUUUUGAUUUCAUUAUAAUUGGACAGAAUGUCGAAGUAAAAAAUGAAAUAAAACCAAUAUUUAAAAUGGUUAAGAUUAUGUCAAAUGAAGAUAAGAUCGUUGAUGAAAUUUAAAAAAAGAUUAAGCUAAAUUGAUAUAUUUAAUUUCAAAAUAUAUAUUAAUAAAUAUUUCGAUUACCUAUUAAGAAAUUGA